GUUACCAUUCAUUCACAAGAGAGCGAAAGGGAAAAAACUUUCAGCUUGCAGGGUACCUAACAUUACUUGUUCAGCAGAUCGUGGAGCAGUGUAAAAAGGCAAGCCAAACCUCAGGAACCAUAUUUUCAUUGGCUAUAAUCCUCCAAGAGACUUUUACUCUCAUCUUCAGAAAAAAAAAUACUUACUGGAUUAUUUCUGUUACAGCAUGCCUGGAAGAAAACAUCAGUGCUGCAGAUCAAAUUCCAAAUAAAUGUGGUGUUAGUAAAACAUACACACAAAGUUUCUGGCAAAGUCAGCCAGCUCUCUGACUGUAACAGACACAAGCUGAACAAUUUUCUUAACUGUUUUUUUGUUUAAUAUAUCUUGUUUUUAUUCUAAAAUCAUGAGCUUCAGUGUUGGGGUCUGGCUGACACUAGUAUGGACUGGAGAAAUCUUUGUGGUCCAUGCACAGAGGGAGACAUCAGAAAGUAGCCCAUGGAGGCAGAGAAUUCAGUGGGAAAACAAUGGACGAAUUUACAGCCUUCUGAACACAGGAUCAGAGUACAUUCCAGCUAGACAAUCCAGAAUAAAUACAAACCCAACAGUUUUGCUUGAGGAUUCUGCAAGAAAUGAGGGGCAGAGAGGCAGUGGAAACACCAGGAGGCAAGCCCCUUCUAUACCUGCUAGGGGAAACUCUGAAACAAUACGGGGUCAGACACGUCACCCAUUUGGCUUUGGCUUGGUACCAGAUAACUGGAGACAGGGGACAACUGGAGAUGUACCAAACACACGCUUCAGACCAGCCACAUCCAGUAGACAAAGCCAGUUUUCAAGUGCUUCCUCCACUUUUCCACAGCCACCUUUUGGACAGCCACCUUUUCCACAGAAUCCCCAAGCCCCGCCUGUUUAUCCUUAUGAUCCUUAUGACUACCAACCCCAAAGAGGUUAUGAAGAAGGGCAGCCACCAUUCUUUCAAAGUUCGGUGGGCACUGGUGGUGGUAGUUAUCAGUCACGGACAAGGUAUAAUAGCUUUGGUGAUGAAACAUUUCCCAAUAGACCCUCAGGCAAUUAUCCAUUUAUGGAGAGACAAUAUGUUCCAGCACCACAACAGCCACCAGCACAGGAUGCACUGGAUCGGAGGUACACUCACAGUCUUUUUAAUGAUGUCAGAGAUCAGGCACGUCUUGAUACAGAAGUGUCCCAGCACCGCCCUGGACUGGGUGAAGGAAACCCUUCACUGGGCACAGUUGCAGUUGCUCCAGACUUACCAGUGGGCACUGGGACAGGAAUGGGGACCGGCACAGCAUUCCAGCCUCAGCCACCUUUUAGAUAUGUGCCAGCAGAGCCCUAUGUUCCAUCUCGACCGGUAGAACCUUAUAUGCCCUUUCCUGGUCAGGAAGUGUACCCUGCUCCAAGAAGGGGCGCAUUUUUCCCACCAAGCAAUUCUGACCCCAAUAUGGCAACAACAGAAGAGCAGCCACCUCAACAGCCACGAGUUAAUGUAGGCAGUGUGUACAGAGCAAAUCAGUAUGGACGAGACCUUCCUGAUUUAGUACCAGACCCCAGUUAUGUCCAGGCCUCUGUUUACGUCCAGAGGGCCCAUCUUUACUCUCUUCGUUGUGCUGCAGAGGAGAAGUGUCUUGCAAGCACCGCUUAUGCUACAGACACUACGGAUUAUGAUAUCAGGGUACUGCUGAGGUUUCCGCAGAGAGUAAAGAAUCAAGGAGCUGCCGACUUCUUGCCAAACCGUCCUCGUCAGUCAUGGGAGUGGCACAGCUGUCACCAGCACUAUCACAGCAUGGAUGAAUUUAGCCAUUAUGAUCUACUAGAUGCUUCAUCUGGAAGGAAGGUUGCAGAAGGCCAUAAGGCCAGCUUCUGUCUAGAAGAUACAACAUGUGACUUUGGUCAUCUCAAAAGAUAUGCCUGCACAUCUCAUACUCAGGGACUGAGUCCAGGUUGUUAUGAUACAUAUAAUGCUGAUAUUGACUGCCAGUGGAUUGAUAUUACAGAUGUGCCACCUGGAAACUACAUUCUUAAGAUUCAAGUGAAUCCAAAAUAUGGUGUUCUAGAAUCUGACUUCACAAACAAUAUAGUGAAAUGCAACAUUCACUACACAGGACGCUUUGUGACCACAACCAAUUGCCGGAUUUCUCAUUUCUAACAGAUACCGAAGAAGGGGCACCUUGUCCUUAACAGCACACAGAAGAAUGGGAACAUUAAACAGAAACAAAUAUUUGGUUACUUGAAAUGUAUCUGCCCAUAAUGACUGGGCAGAUAUCUGGAAAUUAAUCCAAAAUUCAGAUAAUAAAUACAAUUUUGUAAAAAUACUGCUAAUCUACCUUCAGCAUAUUAUUACACCUUCAAUAUGCAUUACUGUAUAUGUUUUUUUUUUAUUUUAUUAACUCUGUGAGGAAUUUAGAAUGCUAUAUGUAGACAUUUCCAGAAUAUUCUCUAAAAGGAAUACUAAACCAUUAUUAAGUCUUUAUCACUAUCAGG